GUUUUGCCGCCGGCAAUGGACACCAAUUAUACCACAAACCUUUUUAUGGUUCAGCCAAUCGGCUUAACCGUCGGCAAAGGCCCAAUGCGCUGGCUUUUGUGUUAUUUUAUUGAACAUCAAUCACGUGCCCCCGGCAAACCUAAGACAGAGUUCACCCGUCGCCGUCAUAAGUUCCGCACUUUCAAUAAACAGCGCGAACGGCGAAAAGUGAUAUCAGGAAUGGCGCCCGCCAAAGCGCGGCUUGGUCUGUUAGUACUUCUUAUACUAUUAUACUUUCCGAGGAAAACGGAAUCUCAUUGGUGGUUCAUAUCCCAGGUGUUUGCUUUAGGUGCUAAAGUUAUGUGCAACAGCAUCACUGGACUGAUCAGCAUUCAGCGGCAGAUGUGUCUCGAUAACCCUGACGUGAUGGUGAGCAUAGGCAAGGGAGCCAAGCUAGGAGUGGAAGAGUGCCAGCACCAGUUCAGGGAUCAGAGGUGGAAUUGUUCAACAGUUAACGGAGACGCCACUGUAUUCGGAAAAGUCAUGCGGAGAGCGAGUCGCGAGACGGCUUUCGUCUACGCCAUCUCCUCGGCAGGCGUGGUUCACGAAGUCACCCGGUCCUGCAGUCUCGGUGAACUAAAAGACUGUUCCUGUAGAAACAAGAAAGGCCGAAGUCGCAAGGGCUUCGAGUGGGGAGGUUGCAGCGAUAAUAUUCAAUAUGGCCUGAACUUCGCUAAGGCUUUCGUGGACUCCAGAGAGGUGGAAAAAGAUGCGAGGGCGUUGAUGAACUUACACAACAAUCAUGUUGGGCGUAGGGUUGUCAAGACCAACAUGUCGUUGGACUGUAAAUGCCAUGGUGUGUCCGGAUCCUGCUCCGUCCGGACCUGCUGGAAGUCCAUCUCUUCAUUCCGUAUUGUAGGCCAGCAUCUGCGCGAGAAGUACACAACCGCUGUGCAAGUGACGGUGGGCCAAAGUGGUGGCGAGCUCACAAACGCCGAGGUAAGCUACAAAAAGCCGUCACGCGAUGACCUCGUGUACCUCGAGGAUUCGCCCAAUUACUGCAUGGUGGACUCUAAUACAGGUUCGCUAGGCACGUCGGGAAGGGAAUGCAAUGGGUCAGCCUCUGAUACCACUGGCGCAUGCUCUUUACUGUGCUGCGGGCGCGGGUUUAACACAAUUCAAAUUGAGGAGGAAUAUAAGUGCCAUUGUAAGUUCCAUUGGUGCUGUUAUGUGAAAUGCCAAACGUGCCGUAGGACCGUAGACAAGCAUAUAUGCAAGGCACCAUCACAGCCUGGCACAGCUGUACUCGAAAUCAAUGCAAAGUCCCCGCUAUCCCUAGACGACAAGGGCGAGAAGCGACCAAAGAAAGACAAGAAACGGGGGAAAAACCGGAAAAAGAAAGGAGACCGAAAGAGGCGAAUUAAACAAAAAGAGGGAAAUCCCGGUAUUUAGUCGCUGCUUUGAAAAGGCAAUUAGUCAUCUGUGGGAUAACCUAAAUUUUUUUGUACAAUAGUACAGGGCCGUAGCAGGGGGUGGGGCACUGAGGGCAUGUGCCCCCCCCCCCUCAAAUAUAUAUUUAAAAAAUAUAAGGAAUUGACCAGUAGGCUUGGUUGUGCCCCCCCCCCCCCCCCAUAUUUUCUUAAUGUUUCUGUAUUGUGCCUCUUACGUGGCCUGCUACGGCUCUGUAGACUCACUCGCUGUUUUUAUUGGGGCUUGUCGCAAGACCACAGAAAUGUAAAUACAAUAGACUUGAACAUAAACAAGAUCAUGUAAUCAACUUUUAUACCCAGUUUGCGAGAAUCUGUACAUAUAAUUGUGUCACGUUAUUUGUAAUCGCAAUAUAACAAUAUAAUACGGCUGAAAACCUU